AUGACUUUCUACCUCGUCACCUUCUGCUGCGCCUUCGCCGCACUGGGAUCAUUCCUGUUCGGCUAUGAUUCCGGCGCGAUCUCCUCCAUUCUUGAGCAGGAGGCCUUCGUACGCCAAUUCGGAUCUCCAAUCGUAUCUGACACCGCUGCUGGUGUCAUUAUUUCUUCGUAUACCGGUGGCGCAAUCGUGGGCUCGGUCCUCGUCCCAUAUAUUUCGGAUUACUAUGGCCGACGAAUGGCCCUCUUCAUCGGCGGCUUGCUUGCCGUUCUGGGCGCUGGUCUCCAGGGAGGCGCGGUCAAUAUCGCGAUGCUGAUCGCCGGUCGAUCUCUCGCUGGUUUGGCAAUUGGGCUGAUGUCCGCUACUAUUCCGGUUUAUUGUAGCGAGGUCGCCCCACCACAGAUUCGGGGGAUGUUGGCUAGUAUGCAACAAUGGAUGAUUGCCUUAGGGUUCGUGGUUGCUCAAUGGGUGGGAUACGGGUGUUCUCUUCGAGAUGGAGCCUUCUCCUGGCGUUUUCCCCUCUCCUUCCAAGCCGUGCCAGCAAUCAUUCUCACUUGUGGCGUUUGGUUCCUUCCUGAAUCACCGAGAUGGCUCAUCGAAAAGGGCAGAGAGGGAGAAGGCCAUUUAGUCCUCGCCCGACUCCAUCUCAACCACAACGCGACAAACAACCCUCUACUCGAACAUGAGCUCCUCCAAAUUCAAGAGAGCCUAACAUCCCAGAAACAAUCCGCCGUACGAUCCUGGCGUCAUCUCCUUCUCUCCUCACGCUGGCGACACAGGAUUAUCCUAGCCUCUGGCUUGCAAGUCUUCACUCAGUGCUCAGGCACAACCGUAAUCUCAAAUCACGCCCCACGACUCUUCAAAACAUUAGGCCUCACAGCAUCAACAUCCAUCAUGAUAAUCGGAGUCUGGGGUGCACUAGCACUAUUCUGGAAUACAGUCUUCAUGCUUUGUAUCGACAAAGUCGGGCGCCGGAAACUACUCAUUCCAUCACUGCUCGGCAUGGGAGCAUCCCUGUGCAUCGAAGCCACGCUCGCGCGGUAUGUCGAUUUUGACGACCCGAAUGCCAACCCACACGCGCUACGAGCUGCCGUCGCUAUGUUCUUUGUCUUUUCGUUCUUCUUCACUGCCAUCGCCAUGAUCUCCUGGAUCUACCAGUGUGAAAUCUUCCCCACGCCCAUUCGAGCGCGCGGCUCGUCCAUAGCGACCGCCACGAACUGGAGUGUUAGCCUUAUCUUCACGCAGUGCUUGCCCCUCGCACUGGCAGAUAUGGGGACCAAUUAUUUCUAUUGUUUCGUCGCGUUCAAUUGGGCGGCGAUGGUUGUUGUUUGGGCAUUUUAUCCUGAGACUGCGGAUCGUUCUCUUGAGGGGGUCGAGGAGGCUUUCACAACACAAUUUGUUGAUACGCAGUCGGUGCGCUCUUUUGUUGUUGAGAACACUCCGGUGGCUAUCACGCCACGUUCGCAGAUUCGACAUAAGGGGUUGCAUCCGCUGUCGAUGCAUCCCACUUAUGACACUGUCAGUAUCGGUAGCAGUCACAGUGGGUCUAGGAUUGAUACUGGAACUAAGGAGGUUUAG